GGUGAAUGAAGAAAAUAAUGUUCGUAGUAACUAAUCCGAUAUUUCAACUGAUAUUCUACAGAAAAAAUUACCGUUAUCGGUUAUUCUUUAGGUGCAGCUCAGUUACUUGGUCUUCUCUCAGUUAGGCCAGAAUACGCUGAUCACAUCGAUUUAUUUUUCGCUUUAGCUCCGACCGCUUAUUUGGGUCACGUUAAAGGUCCAAUUGGAAAAUUCAUGGAAAAUGAAAUUGUCCAUGAGAUUUUUCAACAGUUCGAAGGUAAAUUUCCACCCACUGAUCAAGAAAUACCGAUCAAACAGACAAUCAUGUUCUUCUGCAAUAACAAAAUAUCUAAAGUUUUCUGUGCAACGGCAUUUGAUUAUCUCGCUGGACUUAAUACUCAACAAUUCAAUCAAUCGCGUCUAUUUGUUUACCUUAAUCACUUUGAACAAGUUUCAUCGAGAAUAAUUAAUCAUCUAUUACAAAUUAGAGAGAAAAAUGUUUUCCACCGUUAUGAUUUCGGUGAAACAGAAAAUCUGAUCAAAUAUAAUUCCAAGACAGCACCCAAAUAUCCUUAUUCCAGGAUUAUUUUCAAUAAAAUUGUUCUAAUCAGUGGACUUAAUGAUGCGAUCGCUUCACCGGAUGAUGUUCACCAAUUGCGAAAAAAGUUAUCAGGUAAAAUAUUCAUUGAUUAUAUUGUCAAGAAUCCUAAAUGGAACCAUUUAGAUUUCAUCUUUGGCAAAAAUGGUUAUGAAAAUGUAAACAAAUUCAUUGCUGAGACAAUUGAAAAAUACUCAGGGAAAAAGUUGAUUAACCAUCACAAUUAAUCAAAUAUUUAAAUUGUAUUGUUCAUUAGAUCAAAUUUAUCUGCUAAAGUAACAAUUAUCUUCAUUGAUUGAUUUGUACUUGCAACUAUUAACAUUUAAUAUUAUGUGAUCUCGAAUGAAAUUUUUUAAUCAUUAAUUUAUAUUGUAAUUAAUAAAUUGUUUGUCCACAGAUUCAAUUACUUUCAUUACAAAUGAUAUGAUUAAUUGGAAACUUGAGUAUCUCCUAAUCAUGUUAAUUAGGUUAACAAGGGGUUAUGAUUAAUAUUGAA